UAUUGUGAAGUACUUUACAUUGUAAUAUUUUGUAAUUGUAUGAUGUUAUCUAGUUAUUCUGGUAGCAAACACAAUUAUUUUAUGUUAUAAACACAUAUCAAUUCACAUUGUUUAUUAAUACAAUUUCUUAUUGCUCGUUAUUGCGUGUCACUAGUUCAAUCGGACUAUCAGUGUUGUGCGGUUUUACGAGUUUCCAAAAGUGUAAAUUCCAGACAUUUCAUGGUUUAGUGUUCGUACUGUACGUGAUUCAUAAGUAUAAUAAGUAUCCAGGAUGCAUCUUGGUGUAAAUUUGUCCAAUGCUCUUCAGCAAUUGGAAAGUGUGAAAGCUGCUGUGGAUCAAAGUGAUGAUCCGAAACUGAAGGCUGCUACGAAUGAUGACCUCAACAUGUUGAUUAGCUUGCUGGAGAGUCCAAUCCUGAAGAGCAUAGCGACACUUCAGGACUCGGUUGGCAUGCUGGCUACACAAGUGGCUCAUCAUCCUUCCAUUCUGCCUGGUGACUUUGAUAUUACUCCUGCAGGUGAACUUGCUCUCCAAGCUCGAAACUUGUACGGCGCGGAGGGCGAGGAAGAGCAGCGAGUCCCGCAGGUGUCUCCGCCGCACUGUCUCGAUUUUGGGUCGAGCUCGGACAACGAGCGCGUGUUGGGGCUCGAUUCUGCCUCCAUCGACUCUAAUAUGUCACCUAAACAGAGUCACGGCAUCCUCGAAAUGUCCAGGAACGACGACUCUCUGGCGUCUGCCUCUCCUAACAUAGUUGCGGGGGAUUGGGCGCAAGUGGAGGUCAUAAACCUCGUCAACGACGGCACUGGACUUGGAUUCGGUAUAAUUGGGGCAAGGACCAGUGGUGUAAUUGUAAAGACCAUCUUGGCGGGUGGCGUCGCGGACCGCGACGGGCGUCUCAAGUCUGGAGAUCACAUUCUGCAGAUAGGAGACGCUCAUUUGGUGGAAAUGGGUUCCGAGCAAGUGGCAGGCGUGCUCCGAGCAUCCGGUUCCCGGGUCCGCCUGGUGGUAGCCCGCGCCGUGGACCCGGCGCUCGCGCCGCCCGCCGCCGCGCCGCUCGUCCCCGCUAGGCUCCUGUCGGACCCGGAGGCGCUGGACCGGUAUCUGCUGGAAACCGGUUUCGAGCAGGUGUUCCACACCCAGCCGGUGCACCACCCGCCCGCUUCUCGGUUCGUGUUCGACAGCGCGGUGACGCCGCCCCCAGAAACAGAUGCUGAAUCACCAGAGGUCGACAGAUUUACGGUGCAGUUGAAGAAGGAUGAGAAUGGGCUAGGAAUAACUAUAGCAGGUUACGUGUGCGAAAAAGAGGAGCUUUCGGGUAUCUUCGUGAAGUCAGUGUCGGCGGGCAGCGCGGCGGCGUUAAGCGGUCGUGUGCGAGUCAACGAUCGCAUCGUGGCCGUGGACGGCGCGUCGCUGGCCGGCAAGUCCAACCAGCGCGCCGUCGACGCGCUUAAACAGAGCGGGAAUCUCGUCACACUCGAGCUGGAGAGAUACCUGCGCGGUCCUAAAUAUGAGCAGCUGCAGCAAGCAAUAGCAGCGGGCGAGAGCGCUGGGGCCGCCACCGUCGCGCACAACCCGUUCCUGCACAUGCACCGCCCGGAGCCGGCGCACCACGACAUACAGAUGACGACCUUGCACAACCUGGAAUCCAGCGUGGAGGAUCCGGCGCCAUCGCCGCCGCGCAGCCCGCCCGGAGCGCGCGCGCAGCCCGCGUUCGAGAUGCCGCGUACCCCUGAACAGAAGGAGGCUAUUAGGAGGAAGUGGCAGUCCAUAUUAGGUGAAGACGUGGAAAUAGUAGUAGGAGUAGUGAUGCGCGGCGGCGGCGGGCUCGGCAUCUCGCUGGAGGGCACCGUGGACGUGGAGGGGGGCCGCGAGGUGCGGCCGCACCACUACGUGCGCUCCGUGCUGCCCGAGGGGCCCGUGGGCCGCGCCGGCGUGCACCGCCCCGGCGACGAGCUGCUCGAGGUGAACGGGCACCGGCUGCUGGGCAUGAACCACCUGGAGGUGGUGUCGAUCCUGAAGGAGCUGUCGAGCGAGGUGUGCAUGGUGUGCGCGCGGCCGCGCCCCGCCGCCGCCGCCGCCGCCGCGCCGCCCAGAGACCUGGCGCCGCCGCAGCCCACGCUCGUCAAGGCUAAAUCUGACGGCAGCCUAGCUGGCGCGGGCGCUGAAGAAGGCGGAUCGCUGUCGGGCGGGAAGGUGCGCUCGCGCAGCCUGGAGCCGCUCACCGGACUCGCCAUGUGGUCCUCCGAGCCGCAGAUUAUAGAGCUGCUGAAAGGCGAGCGCGGCCUCGGCUUCUCAAUCCUGGACUACCAGGACCCGCUGCGGCCCGCGCACACGCUGGUGGUGAUCCGCUCGCUGGUGCCGGGCGGCGUGGCGCAGCAGGACGGCCGGCUCAUCCCCGGCGACCGGCUGCUGUUCGUCAACGACCAGAACCUGGAGGACGCGAGCCUGGAGCAGGCGGUGGCGGCGCUGAAGGGCGCGCCGCGCGGCGUGGUGCGCAUCGGCGUGGCCAAGCCGCUGCCGCUCGUCGACGCCCCACCCCCCCUCCCCGCCUCCGCGCCGCCCCGGCACGACUGAACAUAACAUCACACCACCGGUACCCUAUAUCGCUCAAUGUCUACCCUAUAGCAAGGGGUUCCUACCCCCUUAGGGCUGAUUUAGACGGUGCGAGAACUUGCAUGGGAGUUUCGUUACAUUGCGUUAUUUGAUCAGUCGGCUGAAUUGAUGUAACCUGAAUAGUCCGCAAUGUAACUAAAAUCGCAGACGAGUUCGCGCGCAGUCUAAAAGAGCCCUUAUUCAUAUAGCUAAUAAUCGUUUGUUUUUAUCUGUCAUUUUGACUUAAGCAUUUAUUUCUCAGAAAGGAGUAAAACAUAAUUAAAGCAUAUCAGACCCGUACAGUUUUAUGAAUAAGGGGGCUAAGUCAGUCCGCGGCGCACUUGUAAGUUUAAAAUUUAAUCUCAAUGCGCUAACCUAGUUGGGCUAUUCGAAAUACAUAGACUGAUACAUGGUGAAAAGGAUUACGGCUCCCGGCGAUCUUUUACUCUCUAGGGCGCACAGUUUGAGAACCCCUGCCCUGUAGCGAAUAUUGAUUGUAUAAAAUUGUAAAAUCUGAAAUAAAUUCGUGCUUAGACUUUGACAGGUAAUAUGGAUUGCGCUGUUCGGUUCCGUAUAAUUACACGGUGACUCUGGCUUUCAAAAAUUCGCAUUUGACAACUUAAUUCCCGAAAAUCAUGAAAAUGUGCAACGUCUAGGGUGAGUGCUAUAGUUAUUGGCCACCCUUAAUAAAUAGGAUUCUGAUGGCUUAUUUCUUUCUGAUUUGUAAGGGGUGGCCAAUUACUACAUACUGGCCAAUAACUAUAGCAUUAGCAACCCUACUUCGGUUGUCAAAGUCGAAACUCGAUUUAUUUAGACUUUACAAUUACAUCUCCUAUAAUCGAUAACUUUACCGCUUUACAUAUAGACUGUUUAUGAAAAGGUAUUAUGAUUACGGUCAGCCAGACUUUCUCGAUAUUCUCGGUAAGCAAAACUGAAAGUACCUACUAUUAUCCUACGAUUGUCUACGAUAAAAGUUGCAUAUCGUACCGUACUAAUCGAUCACGUACCUAUAAAAAGACAGAUAGCAACACGAAAUACUAUCAUCAUCAUGACUAUGAAUUCAAAAUAUAUUUUUUUAUAUUUAAUAUUAAUAUAUUUAAAUUAUUUGAAACAAUUUUAUACAUACUGAAAAACAUAAUCAAAGCCAAAAUGAAGAGAGACUUUUAAAAUGAAGAGAGACUACUAAAAUCAUAAUCCUUCUGUUAGGAACCGGUAAAUAUAUAAUGAAUGAAAUAAGUUAAUUAUAUGAGCCAAGUAAAGGAGCAUGUAAGGGCCGUGUCGUAAAAGGUCACUAAAGGGCUGGCUUUGGACCGACCAAAGUGAACACAACUUCAUCACGCUGCUGCAACUUGAGCCCAGCUCUUAAAUUGAAUGAAUGAUGAAAUAUUUAAACGAAUUUAAAAUGCUUUGGAAUUGAGGAAGACCUCUUAUAACGGUUCAAAAUGUUCCAUAAUGUUUAAUAUCAUUUUUUUUUUAUGUUUUAACGGUAUAGUUGUUUUUUUUUAAGCUGACCGAUGAAUAUCAGUUCUCAUAGUCCCAAACGGUCAGCUUAAAAAAUUUCAACUAUAUAUUUAUUUAUAUAUUAAAAAUAAAUGUAUUAAAAAUAAAUAUUCACUCUAUUUGACUUAUUAAAGGAAUUUAUAAUAUUGUUGACCAUGUUAUUAGUGGAAUUGACGCAUUAAGUAGGUUAAAUAAUAUAACUUUUAUGACAUUCCAAUAUCAUAAUUAAAUUUUUCAUGUGACCUGUUAUAGACUUAUGUGUGUACUUAAUUAAUUAGAUGAUAAAUUCAUACUGUAAUUUUUAGUCAAUUAACCUUAGUUAUAGACAUUAGGCCUCCAUUAUGUUAGAUAGUAGAUAUUAUACCUACUUCCUCAAGUAUUCUAUUUAUGUUUAUUGUAAGCAGUAUUACAAUUAUCUGAUAAUAUUUUAAAUUGUAUGUCUGGUUUUGACUACCCUUGUAUUUCUCGAUUGUAUUUAAAUAGUUAUACUUGUAUUAAAUUUUAAGCAAAGUUA